CAGGUACUCCCUACUUCUCCUUCCUGGAUAGAUUCAAUCUCAGUAACGCUUCUACUUGUGACGUACUUAUGUGAUGAAAUGAAAUUUGGAAGUUGGUUUUUCUUUGUUUUAUUUCGGCAUUUUGGGAGGAGCUUAUUAGGGUUUGGAAGAAGGGUUCUUUAAAUUUCUGCACUUUUUGAUGAAAAUUGGAACUAGGGUUUUUUAUUUCGACAUUUUUCCUCGGAAAUUGGAAAUGGGUUUUCGAAAAUUGGAAGAAGGGUUUUGAAAAUUGGAAAAGAAGGGUUUUUUUUUUUUGGAUAAGAAGGGUUUUUGAUUUGGGUAUUUGUUUUUGCUAAAUUUGGCGAUUAUUCUAAAUCCAGGGAUAUAAUUGCGGUUAGGAAGAUAGCACGAAAAUUAGUAUUUAAGAAACGUUUUUGACUGGAACUGUCGAGCUUUUUUUUUUUUCCCUCACGUGUCAAGUCAUUGAAUUUUUUCACGUUUCUGUAUAUAUAUGUAUAAACAAGUGUGUGGCGUGUGUGUUGAUAUCUUCUUCAACCAUUUGGCACCGACUUGCUUCUAAGAUUUGGAAGUCUUGGUUGAUAAGGCUUCUUGUAAGUCGGCGAUCUUUUGAAAAGUCUUCUCUGACCGUUUUCUCCAGGGUUUGAAUCUGUUAUAUUUUACGUAUUUAAGGUCUUGAAUCGUAUGCAUUUUUAGUUUUGCCUACAAUCCGAACCGAGGACGGGGUUUUGGAGCCAUAUACAGGCUAAGUUUUUGAAACGUAGAUUUUGAGGUUGCAGAUUGUUUCAGGGCUUGUUUUGGGUAAAUUUGCUGGGAUUAGUGAAGGUGAGAUAGUCGUUGCAAUUCUUAUGUUUUGGGGAGUGAUUUUGGUCCUUUUGGUUGGCUUGGGGUCUGCAAUAUAUUGGAGAGAAUCCAGGAGAGAAGCCAGGUUUGCUGCUGAAAAAUUGAAGUCUGUUCAGAGUAUUGGGUUGAUGGGGGGAAAAUAUUCGAGGGAGGGGCAGUCUGCAGCUUCUCGGGGUACUUCGUCUGCUUGGGAUGAUUACGUAAAUCCUCAACCACCGUAUCCGCAAGAAAGCACAAGUUACGAUCCCCCUCCCCAAACAGCUUAUCCAGCGUAUCCACCACCUCAACAGUAUUAUCCGCCUCCUCAAACCCAUGGGGGUCGGACCCAACAACCGCAUAGGAAGCUAGAUAGGCGGUACUCGAGGAUUGCUGAUAAUUACCGCUCCUUGGAGGAGGUGACCGAGGCUCUUGCGCGUGCUGGCCUUGAGUCUUCUAAUCUCAUUGUUGGUAUUGACUUCACCAAGAGCAAUGAGUGGACAGGUGCAAAAUCAUACAACAGAAGAAGUUUGCAUCAUAUUGGAGAUAGUUUAAAUCCCUAUGAACGAGCCAUAUCUAUUAUUGGCAAAAGUUUAGCAACAUUUGAUGAGGAUAACUUGAUUCCUUGCUAUGGAUUUGGAGAUGCAUCGACACACGACCAAGAAGUUUUUAGUUUUUAUCCAGAUGAGAGAUUUUGUAAUGGCUUUGAGGAAGUGUUGAGCCGCUACAGGGAGAUUGUUCCUCAUCUACGUCUAGCAGGACCGACAUCUUUUGCCCCUGUUAUUGAAAUGGCCAUGACAAUUGUAGAACAGAGUGGUGGGCAAUACCAUGUGUUAGUAAUAAUUGCAGAUGGUCAGGUUACUAGAAGCGUUGAUACUGAGGGCGGUCAGUUGAGUCCACAGGAGAGGAGAACUGUUGAAGCGAUUGUGCAAGCGAGCAAGUUCCCCUUGUCUAUCAUACUGGUUGGGGUUGGGGAUGGCCCGUGGGACAUGAUGAAAGAAUUUGAUGACAAUAUCCCUGCUAGGGCCUUUGAUAAUUUCCAAUUUGUCAAUUUUACAGAAAUUAUGUCAAAGAACGUGUCCCAUUCCCGAAAAGAAACAGAAUUUGCUCUUGCAGCUUUGAUGGAAAUUCCUUCUCAGUACAAGGCAACAAUAGAGCUCAACAUAUUAGGUGGCCGGAAAGGAAAUGCUCCUGAGAGGGUUCCCCUCCCUCCACCCGUGUAUGGUGCUGCUUCUUCUAGCAGUUCAAAACCUUCGCGAGCACCUAGUUUCCCGCAGAGCUCGCCCAGUUUCCAGCGGAGCUCGCCCAGUUUCCCGCCAAGCUCCCCGAGUUUCCCGCCGAGCUCCCCUUACUCUUACGGCCUGGACAGUCCUGUUGGUACAGCUCCACCUGUCACAAGUUCUACUUUUGAUAACCAGGUUUGCCCCAUUUGUCUUACUAAUCCGAAGGACAUGGCUUUUGGUUGUGGACAUCAGACGUGUUGCGACUGUGGACAAGAUCUUCAUGUAUGCCCCAUUUGUCGAUCUCCAAUCCAAACCAGAAUAAAGCUCUACUAAGCAGCUUUCAUGGUUGCCUUUGCAAUUUCUGUUCACGCCCAGAAUCCUCGUACAUGGGUUGAUAAGACGAAACAUUGUGGUUUUUUUUUGAAUCUGUAUUGGAGAAAAGAGGGAGUUGUCAUGUUCUGUUCAUGCAUGCGCUAAAAUUGUUCCUCCUCGGUUAUCUUUAGAAUGUUGGUCCAAGUAUUCGACAACCCGAAAGCUAAAAAGGAACUACGAAUGUUGGUUACAUGGAAAGCCUGAUGCAUUGGGUAGCUCUCUAAUUGUUCAAGUUACAUGAUGAAAUGAUUUGUUUAGGCCAAGAUUUUUUGUUUCUUUUUUUGGGUAGGGAUUCAAAGUAAAUACAGUUUGUGUAAUCUGCUGACGUGUUUGGCUUGGUAGUUGGCCGGAUAUGUGCCCGGUUUGAUCUCAUUUUUGUGUGUGUGUGUGUGUGUGUGUUGAUUUUUUGGUUGUUUCUCUGUUACAAUGGUAAGUACUUAUUUGAUUGAAAA